UAACGAAGUUUUUUUUUAUUUAUAUUAGACUUUAUUUGUGGAAAUAGAUGCGACAAGUUGAUAUAUUUUUGUAUUACCAAUGAAGGAACGUUAAAUUAGAGGAAAUGGAAAGAAAGGCGUGCUGUGGUUGUGCUCAAUGUAUGGUGCGCGUCGCUUCUUUUUUCUUACAAGAAAACAAGUCAUCCACUGUUUGUUAUACAGUUCGUACGACAUUUUAGGCAGGUAGAGUAACGUGGGUACGUUAUUGUCAAUAAUAUUCAGUUAGUUUCACAAGGAGAAGUAAAUGACCGUGAGCAAUUGAACGCUACAAUACCGCGCGCGAAUCUCAGGAAAAAAAAAAAGUGAUAAAAGCGUAAACACUUUUGGUCGAAUGCAUCAAUGAACAAAGGUUCUGCGCAGAAAAAGUGUAUAAUUUGUCAACGGAUAUAAAGGAAAAGUGUGUUUUUAGAAGAAAUAUUGUGGAAAAAGCGAAGACUAAAUUUUGUACAUGAACUGAGUGUGAUUAAAGUGCGCGCGCGUAUAAACGUGCCACCAGUUUCCUACGGGUGACCGAACGCUAACCAUCAUUUUGCGUACAUCCAAUUGUUCUGUAAAAUUUGCUUGGGCAAAGAAGUCUUUCGACAAACAUUACGCUUAACUACGCGCGUGCGAAAAUAACGUACCUAUGAGGACCUCAGCGAGCCACAUAAGGCAACAAGCUUUGAAGGUAGUGGAGAGUUUAAAGAAAGGAGGCCUACGUUUGCGAUGAGUAUGCCGACGAAAGGGAAGCAUCACCAUCUGCCCCAUCAUCAACAUCAUUCUCAACCUCAUCAUAACCCGUCACAACAUCAACCACAACUUCUAGUGAACGUCAAUCAACCAAGUGUCCAUUCGACCCAAAGUUACAACACCGUGGUUACGAGCAAUACUCCACGCUUUAUACCUAAUGCAGGAUCAGACUUUCAUGUAUCUGGACAAAAUUACGGCACCCAACCAGGGGGCCAGGUGGGUGGGGGAGGGGGUAGCGUAGGAGUACCUGGGGGCAGAGGACCUCCACCCCUCGGCGGGUUACAGUCGAUAGGACAAUCAGGAGCAGGAAUACCGCCAGGAGGUCCUGCUGGAGGACAAGCACCGCCUCAAACCUCGGCACCCGGGGUACAGUCGCAACAGCCGCAAGGUCCGGCACCUACUACAACGCCCCCCGUACAUACCCCCUCGCCACAGGAAAUGGGAAAACAAGCUCAUUUACAACCCCAACCCCAACCUCUGUCACAAGUAUAUGGGCCAACACAAACGAGGCCGACGUCACAAGGUUAUUACCCCGGUCCGAGACCGCAACAACCAAGAGGUAUUAGUCACAGAGGUGGUCAAGGAGGUACUGGUGCACAGGUAGUGGGGAUGUCUGGUGUUGGUGGAGGUGGAGGUCAACCAACUGCGAUUUAUCAUCCAGGUGGUUUACCAGUUCAAACUGGAGCAAUGUAUCAAGUCCCUAAUCUUCAUCCUAGUCCUCAUCAGCAGUCCGUAUUCGCAAUGAACAGUCAAAUACCCCUUCAGUUUGGUGGUCCACCUCAAAGACAUCAAACGCAUCAAAAUCAGUCAUAUUUUCCACCAUUUCAACACUCUGCCAUUAUAACGGCACAAAAUAUGUUUGGAUAUGGUGCUCCUGCACCAACUCCACAACCUUAUUUUUGGCCCACUGGUCAACCAACAAAUACGCCACUAAGUUUAAGUAGACCAGGUGCAAGUGCUGUCACUGGUGGGGCACAACAUGUUGCAGGCCCGCUGGCCAGUGCCCAAGGGGCUCCAGUAGUACCUCAGGGUACACUUCAGCAACCUACGCAACAAGCUCAGCCUUUACCUCCAAUAGGUAUAUCUCUUUCUCAGACUGAUGUGUACUCAGGCCAUAACGGUGGUGCAAGUACGACGAAUAGUACGACAAAAUCUCGGAAACCAAGAGGGCAAAAUGCUAUUACCGAUAUCGUAGAUCCGUCAACUGGUAAAAAUAUAAGCCAUGAAAUUUACAAGGAUAACGAAACAAUUCAAAGUAGUGAAUCUAGCAAUCGCGAAACACCUCAGCUACAAAACAAUGAUGCUGAGGUGCAAGCCGACUUUGCAGCCCAGGUUGCAAAAACUCUUGCAAAAGUCGCGACCGAAGAGUCUACUUCUGACUCUACGGUACCGACCUGUGUACCAAUCACAAACACAAACACAUCGACAACUCAAAAUGUAACACAAAGUUUGUCGAAUUCUCAAACAAAUUCUAAUAACGACGUGAACAGCCAGUGUAGUACCACUUCAACUGCAGCGCAAAACAUACCUAACGUAACCGCAUUGUGUAGUCAGUCGUUAGGUACUACUAAUAACGUGACUCAAAUAGACUCUUGUGUAGUGAAAACGGAGUCUAAACCGUUACAAAUUCCCGUGAAGGAAUUUCAACCUCGUGGCGAAAUAAAAACUGUGGUGAUUGAGGAUCCACCACCGCCUGUACCACGUAAUGUAAAUAAGGAUGAUAUUUCUGCGCAGCUACUUUCCACAACGGCAACUGAAGUUGAGAUGAAGAGUACGAGUGUCCCAUCUAUCGCAACACAGACAUCAGUUCCCCCUGUGACUACGUUACCAAGUACAAACGUUCCGGAGAUUCCAAAACCGUCCACCACUGCCCCAAGUACUAAUCCCGUUCCUGCCAGAGAACUGUUCCCUAAUUUAUCCAAUAAAAAUUCAUCGAGUUCACCACCCAGAAGAAAAUCUCAAACUUACACUCAUAAUCAACCUGCUACUGCAGCAGAGCUGCCUUCCAGUGCCAAAGAACAGAAAGAAAAGAAAACGAGGGAAAAGAGUCUUAGUUCUAGAGGCACUACCCCUACACCAGCUCACAAUCAAACAGAUCAUCAUGUGAAAAGCAAUGGUGACGCGACUGCCGAUAAGCCAGAACCUGAAGCAGCGCGAACUGAAGUGCAGCAACAAAAAUCAUCUGAUGGUAAAGCCAUGCAGAAACAAAAAAGUAAAAAUAAACUUAAACCUCGUGAACUUAAUCGCAAAGGAGCGGAGAAAGAAGGCACAGAUAUGGAUGCUUUCGUAAACACGGUACCUCCAGCGAAAACCGAGGCGAAACAAGACAUUAAGGAACCUUUGCCGGUGAAGGACAGCAAUAAGGAAGAAACCAGUCGUGAAAUAACGAAAGAUAUUAAGGAAAAAGAUAAUUAUGAAUCGAAGAAGGAGAAAGAAAUUUCCUCGUCUGUUCAUACGAAGACGGAGAAACAAGUAACUCCUUCGACACCUGAAAUUCCUAAAGAAAGUACUACUCCUGCGCAAGCACCUGUUUUGGAAAAACUGUCGGGUAACAACGAAACAAUGAAAGAAUCUUCGCCAAAAAUUGAGGACACCAAUAAAUCAAAUGCAUGCAACGUGCAAGUAAUAAAAUCAGUUCCUAACGAUGUUGUUGAUCAUGCGAUAGUUAAAGAGGAGUCUGAGGUAGAAGCAAUAGUAGCACAAAAGAACGAAGAAAAUUCAAAGGUAUCGGCAGCUCGAAUACCUACCGAGGAAAAACCACUGGAAGCAUCUGCUCCGGUUAUUGAAAAAUCAGUGGAAAACGAAACUUUGACUCAAAUUGAAACAACCAGCUCAGUCGCCGCCACCACUGCUACUACCACAACAACAACAUCAGCAGCAACAACACCAGUAUCAAAUCAAAUAACAUUAAAAUAUAAAUACAAUGACUAUCAAUGGAGCCCCAUAAAUAAAACUGGUAAAAAAGUUUAUGACCGUGAAUUUUUAAUGAAAUUACAAAACGAUCCAAGUAGUAGAAUUAAACCAUCGAAUCUACCAGACUUAGAUGUUGUAUUGAAAGACAACUCAAAGGCACGUUCGACUGUUGAUCUUAGACCGUAUAAGGAUACAAAUAUGAAUAGACCGGAUGUUUUGUUCCCUAUGUUUAUCAAAGUACUUCCUAACGCACGAGUGCCACCAACGAAUCGUAAGAGCCAUCCAGGAAAAUCGUCAAAGCCAACGAAACCAAAUGUUAUUCACAUGUCGUUAUCUCUCAGGGAAGAUGUAAAAUUGAGGGAAACUGAAAAUGCAUGGAGACCAACAAGAUUAAAACCCAUUAGUCUUACCGAGGAAGAAGCAAAGACAGAAGCUCUGUAUAAAAGAGUCAGAAGUGUUUUAAAUAAACUUACACCUCAGAAAUUUAAUACCUUAGUCGAUCAAGUACGGGCGUUAAAUAUCGAUACUCCAGAACGUUUGCAAGGUGUUAUCAAUUUAGUUUUUGAAAAGGCUGUCGAUGAACCAAGUUUUUCUGUAGCAUAUGCAUUAAUGUGUAAAGAACUUGCUAUGAUGGAAGUGUCAGGAGGAGGUGGCACCGGUGGAGGAGCAGGAGGAGGAGGAGGAGGUGGAGGUGGUGGAGGAGGAGGAGCUGGAGCUGGAGCAGGACCAGGAGCAGGAGGAACCGGAGGCAGCGGCGGGGGCGGAGGCGGAGGUUCGGAAAAAAGAGACACUUAUGAGAGACAAGAAUACUCAUUUAGUUUCAAAAAGCUCAUUAUUAAUCGUUGUCAAAAUGAAUUUGAAAAAAAUCCGGUGAAUGAAGUGGCAAGAGCUGCGAAACUUAAAGAAAUCGACGAAUGUUCGGAUCCUGAAAGGAAAAAAGAUUUGCAGGUGCAACUUGAGGAAGAAGAACGUCGCAUACGUAUAAAAUCCGUAGGAAAUAUACGAUUUAUUGGUGAACUUUACAAACAAGGAAUGUUAACAACUACAAUCAUGCGUCGUUGCAUAAAAGAGUUAUUAAAUCAGAAUGAUGAAGAUAGUCUUGAGUGUUUGUGCAAAUUGUUAACCACUAUUGGAAAAAAUUUGGAAAGAAAAGGAGCUGCUGAUGAAAUGCAAGAUUAUUUUAACAAAAUGCAAGAUAUAGUUUCACGACGAAACCAAGGAAAAAUUAGCUCCAGAAUUCGAUUUAUGCUGCAAGAUGUGAUAGACUUGAGAGCAAAUAAGUGGGUUCCAAGAAGAGAUGAAAGUAAUCCCAAAACAAUUGAUCAAAUUCAAAGGGAAGCAGAGUCUGAAAGAUUAGAUAGCCAAUUAAGUAACACUCCCUUGAAUACACCUCGAAAAGAUGAUCGUACUAAUGAUAGAAAAAGGAAUCGUGGUAUUGGUCAAACUGAUGAAAGUGGUUGGAGUCAGCCAAUAAGAACAAGACAGACAUACUCUGUUGAAACAGCCAAGCUUAAAAAUAAACCUCCCCCAAUGGAUGAUCUACAAUUAGGAAGCAGAAAUAUGUAUAUGUGGAAAACGCUUUCAAAUUGUGGUUCAACAGCAAUCAAUUCGAAUAAGUUUGCAUGCUUAGACAAUGUAUCAACAUUAGAUCAAGAUAAACGAAUGCCAUCUCCACAACUCUCUGGGUCGAGAUCCACUGGUCCAAGAGAGUAUGGUCGUGACUACAAACCUUCCUAUGAUGGUAGGGGUUCACGUAAUGGUAGUCAUCAAUUAAGCAGUUCGUCGUCGAGUAGAGAAAGCUCGUUAUUAGAUAGUACACAAAGUCAAAGUGUUUCCAUGCCACCACCAUUGAAAUCCUCACAGUCUACUACCUCUAAUAGUCAUAAACCUCCAAUGAAUGAUGAAGAAUUUAUGAAAGUGUUGAACAAGAUAUUUAAAGAUUAUUUCAAAAAUCUUAAUAUUGAGAAAGCUGCAUCAGCUAUACAACAGAACUUCGAUAGUACGCUAACCAAAUUUAUACGUGAAUUAAUUAAUUUUGUUCUCGAGAAAUCCCCUAUUGACAGAGAACAUGUUUCACAUCUCAUGUCGCAUUUAAUCAGUCAGAAAAUUUUGCCUUUACAACAUCUUAGAAAUGGGUUCAUUGAGAUACUGGAAAUAGUUGAUGAACUUGUACUUGAUAUACCCAAAGUUUGGUCAUAUUUGGCAGAGGUAUUAGCACAUCCUAUAGAAGAUGACAUACUUCCUCUAUCAGAAUUGAAACCUAUAUUCGAUAGUUUACGAAGUCGAGGUUUUGUAGGCAGAUUUCUUGGAGAACUGCUAUCAAAAGUAUCCCGAGAUAAAGGACCCAAAUGGGUUGCAGAUAAAUGGGACCAAAGUGGACUUCAGUUGAGCAAUCUAAUUGAUCCAGAACGUGAAGAAGUUGAUAAAAUUGUUAAUGAUUACAACAUAGAGUUCUGCACUGGUGAUUAUAAUAGUGCCAAAAGCUCAACUAGUAAUCAGCCCACGUUACAGCAAAGUCAUAAUGAACUUAGAAGACUCAUGAAGGAUAGUAAUUUCGAUGUAAUUUGUGAUUGGAUAAUUGCAAAUAUAGGUAACCGAGUGAAAGAGCCUGAAUUUAUCCGAGUAUUAACGACUGCCAUUAUAGAGACGUCCAUGGAGACAGCUAACAACAAGUGGACUUUGAACACUGAUGUUUUCAUUAAUUUGCAACAAUUGAUUCGCCGGUUCGUUGAUGCAAAUGAAUUCCUGGAAUUGCAAUGCCUUUAUGCAAUUCAAUUACAUUUGCAUCGUUUGCAAUAUCCACCUGGAAUUCUCUUCGAUAUCAUGGCAAGCUUGUCGGAAAAUAAUAUGAUUUCAAGCGACGCGUUCCUGACGUGGAAAAGGUGCCCCGAACCAGCCCAGCGUGAAUGGCAUGGUGUUGCAACGAUGUUGCUAACAUCGUUUUUCACUGGUUUACAAGAAGCCGAUGAUGCUUCCAGUGUAGAAGACGUAUCGACUAGCGCGCCCCAAGAACGUUGUUGACGAUACCGUGAUUGAAUUCAUUAUCGUCUAUUAAAAAGACUUAAAUAUACGUUCCCUCGUUAAACAAAAGAAGAUACGCGAAGUGAGAUCAAAUUGCAGUUUUUUAAAGUAAAACGUCGUAUAUGUUAAAAAAAAACAAUGGAGUGAUAGUAGUGCGCGGGUGUAUGUAUAAUAUAAUCUAGAACUUCGAAGAACAUGAAGUGGAAGAUAAUAAAGAAGGUUGUCAUAUAAAAACAGACACAAUGGCUGAGACCGCUAUACAUAAUGAAGAUAAAGAUUAAUUAUUAAUUAUGAUACAAAAGUAAAUGCGAGAUAAUUAUUAUAUAUAAUUCAUUGAAAUGGUUUAAAGUUUAAAUAAAGCAAAACAAAAACCAACACGAGAACAUUAAUCGUAUUUCUUAUGUCUUUUGAAAUGUCACUGCAACUUGUCAAUCGCCAAAUAAAAUUGAAAUUUAUCAGUUCUCAUUUGUGGCUUAAUAUUGGCAAAUCAUAAAUGCUAUUUGCAUUUUACCAAGCGAUAUCGUAAAACAGCCGGUGUUUGCCGUAUGACUUAGAUAACAAAUUACAGACCGCAGGUGUGUAUAAGUAGGUCAAUUUUAAGUAAAAUAAAUUUGAAAAAAAAAUUAUACAGAAAGAAACUAUUAAUAACCAAGUCUGAUUGAAGGGCGACGGUUCUUCCUAUUAUUAUAACAAAUAUAACAGAAUUACUAAUUUAUAUCUUUGCGAACUUAUGAUGUAUUCUACUGUAAGAAAAAAAAAUGUCGUAAUUAAGGAAGAAUGAGAGUGAAAAAUGAUACAACAUUACGAAACUAAGGUUCGUAGUGUAGGAUAUGUUGAAAUUAGGAGAUGGAAGGAUACAAAUGGUGUGCAUAUUAAGGCGCUACUAUUUUUUAACACUAGUUAUUUAUGAACAUUGAGAGAACAGAUUAUAGUGCGUGGGAUGGAAUGACUGCAUAUGUAUUCAGGUGGCAGGUGCCGUAGCAAAUUGUAUAAAAUUGUUAUACUAAUUUAAAGUACAGUGUGAAAAAUAUGUUUCUUUUGGAUAUACUAUUAUAUAUAAUAUAUAUAUACAUAUAUAUAUAUAUAUAUAUAUAUACACACACAAGGAGGAAAUAGGAAAUUGAGUGCAGUUACGAAAGAUUAUUUUUAUUUAAGUCUACGAGACAAUUCUACAUUAUUUUUUGGCUAAUAUUUCUCAUGUUAAAUAUAUACUUUCUUUAUUUAAAAAACCGUAAUUAUUAAUUGGUAAUACUGAGAUACAAAUUUAUAUUCGGUUAUAUUAGAUAUACAAACGAUAUUUUUUAUUUUUGUGAAAUAUGCGUUGUUGAAGGGACAUAAGGUUACCAUGCAUUCAAAUUUGACUUUGCUAAAACAUACAUGCAUGUACCGUGUACAUAUGCAUCUACACGCAUGUAUACACACGCGCGCGCGCGCAAGCACGCACACGAUAUUAUAAAAGUAUACCUUCUUGCUUAUGAUAGAAGAAUCUUCAUUCUUAAAUUUUCAUACAACACACCCUUCACUGGCGCGGUUUCUUCAGUCGAUUAAAAUAUUUCUUACUUUCUUUUUUAUCAUAUCAUAUACUUCUAAUAUACAACUUGCUUGCAUUCCAAAUGCACGUUUUAAUAUUCGAAAAUCCAAAAUUAAUUGAAGAUGGCUUAUAAAAUAAUUUUUUGAUCAAUUAUGUCACGAAAUGUUGAAGAAUAAAAAAACUGCAUACAUUUUUUCUUUUUAAAGAAAACUAAGAAAGAAGAGCAAAGAAGAAAAAUAUAUACAUACAUGACCAUCGCUAUUGCUUUUUUCACACUGUAAAAAUAAAAUACACAUAGAGUAAAGGAUAUGCAAAAGAUAAGUGAACGAAUUGAGAACAAUGACCUAUAACACUAGUCUCUUUGAAGGAUACCAUUCUACUCUAAUAGUAGAAUAUAUCAUUCGACGAGAGAUGGAACAUAUAAUGUAUUCAAAGCGCAGUAAAUAAAGUACCAUAAUUUAUAUAUGAAUAAAAUUGAAAAGAACGUUGUUGGAAACAUGUCGAUAACCGAGUUAGUAAAAGGAUUAUCACUGUAAAUAUUUAAUAAAUAAAUAUUGUAAGUGAAAAUUGGAUGAGUUGCAAAGAUAGAAACAGGAAGAUAGCUUUGUUACGAUGCUGUCUUCUUGAAAUGUUGCACGUGCAUGCGACGCAUCGUGCUCAUAGUUCACGUAUGGACACGCAUGUAUAUUGCUAAUUUAUACAUAUAUCUGCGUGUACUUACGUAAUACAUUAAUAUACAUAUACAUAAUAUAAAUAAAAUAUCACCGAAAGCUCCAAUACACCAUACACAGAUACACACGUACACUUCUAUGAUAAAUCAUAUCUAUACGAAAAAUUAAAAAAAAAUUUAAAAAAAUAAAAAAAAAAUAAAAAAAUAAAAAA